AUCUAUUAUUCAUACAUAUUCGAGAUGGAUCUGUUUCUUGACGUGUCUCCUUUUUGGUACAUGUUCUCCAAUGUUUUCAUCGUAGUUCUUAGCCUUAUGUUCUUGAAGCUCUUUCCGCGUUGCUGGAUAUUGCCCGUUCGAGCUCAAAAGAAGCUUGGAGAAAACGGAUUCUCUGGUCCACCUCCUAGUUUUCCAUUAGGAAACCUUAAUGACAUGAAGAAGCUUAAACCGGCCUUGGUAUUGGCGGCGAAGAGUAAAUCGUCCACCAUAAUCAACCAUGACAUACAUUCCAUCGCGCUUCCACAUUUCGCUCUCUGGCAACAACAAUACGGGAAAGUGUUUGUGUACUGGCUAGGCAUAGAGCCGUUCGUGUACGUGGCGGAUCCUGAAUUCCUGAGUGUUAUGUCGAAAGGUGUAUUGGGGAAGAGUUGGGGAAAACCAAAUGUUUUCAAGAAAGACAGAGAGCCAAUGUUUGGUACCGGUUUGGUUAUGGUCGAAGGCGAUGACUGGACCCGUCAUCGCCAUAUCAUCACUCCUGCAUUUUCCCAUGUUAAUCUGAAGGCUAUGAAAAGUAUGAUGGUGGAAUCAACCACCAACAUGUUGGACCGAUGGGCCAUGCAAAUAAAGUCAGGCAAUCCCGAAUUCGACAUGGAGAACGAGAUCAUAGGAACAGCAGGUGAGAUUAUUGCAAAGACAAGCUUCGGAGUCAAGGGAGAAAAUGGAACUCAAGUCCUCAAAAACCUAAGAGCCAUGCAAUUUGCCCUCUUCAACUCGAAUCGCUACGUAGGGGUACCCUUUAGCAACAUUUUGGCUUACAAGCAAAACCUUAAGGCUAGCAAGUUAGGUGAAGAGAUCGAUGGUCUUCUUUUGUCGAUUAUAAACGAGCGAAAGAGAUCUGUGGUGGAAGGAGACGACCACCACGAUCUUCUCGGAAUGUUGCUUAAGGCCGAUAAAGGGAAGUUUACGGCGCCGGAGCUUGUAGACGAAUGCAAAACUUUCUUUUUCGCUGGCCAUGAGACGACUGCUUUAGCGCUGACGUGGACGUUCAUGCUUCUUGCGAUGCAUCCCGAAUGGCAAGACACGCUAAGAGACGAGAUAAGACAAGUCAUCGGAGACUCCGAGAUCGAGUACAACAAACUUGCCGGAUUAAAGAAGGUACGUUACCAAACAUAGCAUACAACAGUCCACAUGAGUUGGGUAAUGAACGAGGUUCUCCGUCUAUAUCCGCCGGCGCCAAACGCACAACGGCAAGCCCGGAAAGACAUUGAAGUGAACGGCCGGGUGAUUCCAAACGGUACUAACAUAUGGAUUGAUGUGGUGGCGAUGCACCACGACGCAGAGUUGUGGGGAGACGACGUCAACAAGUUUAAGCCGGAGAGAUUCGACGGUGACUUGCAUGGUGGUUGUAAGAAUAAGAUGGGUUUUAUGCCCUUUGGUUUCGGAGGGAGAAUGUGUAUUGGUCGGAACUUGACUACAAUGGAGUACAAGAUUGUCUUGUCGUUGGUUUUGUCCCGGUUUGAGAUCUCAGUUUCACCCGGUUAUCGCCAUUCGCCCAAGUAUAUGCUCUCUCUUAGACCCGGUUACGGUUUGCCUCUAAUCGUACGACCACUUUAAAACCGUUAACGCACAAAUUUCAUAGAGUUCUUUUUUGUCGUAUUCACAUGUGUAUUUUUAUAAAAAUGUGUAUUCUUAUUAAUAUUUCGUGCGUCGGAAUUCUUUUUUCUGGAUAUAUGUUCCGUUCGUUAUUUCUACUGUAAUUUCACUACUACAUGAAAUAAGCUCUUAAUUAUUAG